AUGCGAACAAUCCAUUCAAUGACACUUUUUCUUAAUGAAAGACUUGCUGCACUUAUCCAUGCCGUGGAGGCGCAUUUUAUACAUACAUCAAUUGAAAAUAUAAUGAAAAACAAUCUUAACUUAGAUUUUAUUCAUCACAAAGAUUUACCUCGAGUAGUGGAACUUAUCGUGGAAGCAACGAAUAUUACGUUCGAUGAUUCAAGCAGUGCAAUACCCAUCAUUGCAUUAAUUUCCAAAUUACUCGUACAACAAAGAAUCGACUUUAUUCCAGUGAAAUCAAAACAAACAACACAAAAUGGAAAUAUAAUUGGAAAACUAGUCUUUACUUCAUUUUUUGCAGCUUCUGAUCUAAAUCAACCAACAUUUUUAAUUUAUGAACUCGUGGCUAUCCCCUUUAAACACGGAUCAAAUCGAGUUAGAUUAGCACAAAUGCCAGCAUUUAUUGGAAUUGAUCCAAAGACAUUACAAUUUGUUCGUUGGUCAACAGAUGAAGCUAGUUCUUGUGAUUUUACACUUAUGUCAUCUUGUCGAGAAUCACCAGCAAUCAGAAAAGACUUAGAAGAUAACUGUCUCUAUCAAAUUUUAACUGAUUCUCCGUUAUCAGCAUGUCGAGUAGAAGCAUUUGCUGAUUCAGUAUUUAUUCAUCGCAUUGGACAACAUUGGGCCGUGUCAACAAACUCAACUACUAAAUGUCAUUCAGUUACAACUUCGGAUAUGGAACAACAUAAAAUCACAGGCAAUGAAGAAAUCACUUUGCCACCAGUGGCUCUUAUUACAACCAUCGACACAAAUUCUUUAGCUUGUGAUCGGUUUUAUCUACCAGGCUUACCUAUCAAACUAGGAGCAACAGUUUUAUUAAUACAAAAUUCAACAGUCAAUCCAAUUGAAGAAGACUUCAUUGACUUACAUUCAAUGAUCGGCAAUAGUACUCAUUGGGCGAAAUUACCAUAUAUCCCAUCAAAUAUACAAGCUGUAAUUGAUUUCAUAUCAAAUACUCCAAAACCAGAAACAAUAUUGGGAUAUAAAGAAUGGAUAAAUCAUCCUCUUUCCUUCACAGGAAUUAUAGUGGCAUUUACAAAAUUAAGUACGGAUAAAAUGUCGACUGAACAAAAAGUUACCUUGGAACACGCUAUUCAACUCCUUACAGAAUCAUGUUCCAGUAACCAGAAUCAAGUUACACAAUUAGAAAGUAGAAUCGAGCAAAUUAAUGAUAAGUUGGUUAGAACAACGGCUAUUUUAGAAGAACUUAUGGCAAAAGUAGGCAAUUUAGAAGAAAGAAGAAAUGUGGAAGAAGUUAGGCAGCUUAAUGCUCAAGAGAGUGAUAAAAAAGUUAACGAUUUGUUGACAAGGUCACAAUCCAUGGAUGAAGAUACACAUCAGCCUUAUUAUGUCAAGGACGUAUCUCCAAUGAUUCAAAAAGCAGUUGUUACACCGUUAACUUCGCGUGCAAUUAUAAUACCACCAUCUUCUUCGAUACCGACUUUUUCUGGAAAACAUUCUGAACGUCCAAAACAAUUUCUUGUUCGUAUACAAGAAUAUGCAGAAACGGUUCAUGGAUGGGAUCGUUCAACAUUACUUACCGGUGUCUCAC